AUGAAGCUGCCGCCACAUCGACCGGGUGUGGAUCAUGAAGUCAACCUGCAGCCUGACAAGAACGGCAACGAGCCACCCCUUCCAGGAUUCAUCCGAGCGAGUAGCUCAGCGGCUGCCGCGCCGGUGCUGUUCCGCGACCGAUACCCACUGCCCCUCAUCGCGGAGACCCUGCAGAAUCUGGCCAAGGCUAAGUGGUUCACCAAGUUGGACGUGGUGGCCGCUUUCCAUAAGAUCCGCAUGGCUCCGGGACAUGAGGGAAAGACUGCAUUUCGCACGAGGUUUGGGCUCUACGAGUGGCUCGUGUGCCCUUUCGGCCUGAGCGGCGCCCCGGCAUCAUUCCAACGAUACAUGAACAGUGUAUUGCGCGAAUGGCUGGACGACUUUGUCACAGCGUACCUGGAUGAUGUACUGAUCUACUCGAGCGGUUCGAAGGCGGAUCAUGAGGCUAAGGUGCGACGAGUUCUCCAAGCACUCGCCGACGCUGGGCUGCACCUAGACCCAGCGAAGUGCGAGUUUUCGGUACAAGAGGUCAAAUACCUUGGCUUUCUGGGCUUCGCCAACUAUUACCGGAUCUUCAUCCCCGACUAUGCCAAGAUCACGCAGUCUCUGGAUGCCCUGCUUAAGAAAGGAACUGCCUUUCAUUGGGGACGAGCGGAGAACGAGGCGUUUCAGGAGCUGAAGCGACGAUUUUGCGAGUCACCGGUGCUCAAGCAGUGGGACCCGAGCCUCCCGACCUUUUUGGAGACGGAUUGCUCAGGCUACGCAUUGGGAGGCGUCCUGUCGCAGGAAGGCCCAGAUGGACGUCGACACGCAUGCGCCUUCUUCUCGAAGCGACUUUCGCCAGCGGAGUACAACUAUCCCAUUCACGACAAGGAGAUGCUUGCCAUCAUGAGAUGUCUCGACAACUGGAACGCCGAACUUAGGAGCUGCGGCCCAUUUACAAUCCUUACCGAUCACCGCAACCUGGAGUAUUUCAUGACACGCCAGAAGCUCACGGAACGGCAGAGCCGUUGGGCAGCCGAAUUGUCCCAGUUCGACUUCAAGCUCGAGUAUCGACCGGGAAGCGAGGCUGUCGUGCCUGAUGCGUUGUCCCGCCGUGAACAAGACAAGCCACAGGGCAUUGACGACGAGCGGGAACAAGGAAGAAUGAUACAGUUGAUACCGGAUAGUGCCAUUCCAUCAUCGACAAGAGCAUGUAUCAACGCGAUGAGUUCUGACUGUUCAGAGGCAUCCACCCUGCCGAAGAUGAAGGUCUUCGAGGUAGCGGACCUGCAGCAACUCUGGGACGAAACGGUGGCGAAGGACUCGAUAUUCCGGGCAGCCUAUAAGGCAGUCCGCGAUCGCGAGCGUGCCUUCCCGCCCUCGCUGGGCCUGAAGAUCCAGAUUUCAGAAUGUGCGAUCGACGCAGGCAAAAGGCUGACAUUCAGAGACCGUAUUUGGUCGCAUGACUCUGUUGCGACCGGUCAUCCCGGCAGGGAAGGUACGCUGGCUAUUGUGGCUCGGCGAUUCUACUGGCCUGGGCAGUCCCAGCUGGUUCGCCGGUACGUAGCCAAUUGCGACACCUGCGGCAGAGCACACAUCUGGCGCCAGUCGAAAAGGGGAUUUCUCAAGCCUCUGCCGAUUCCAGAUCGACCCCGAAGCCAUUUGUCCAUGGACUUCAUCACAGAUCUGCCGCCUACUGGACCGAGCAAGGCAAGGUACCUGUGGGUGAUUGUGGACAGACUGACAAAGGCUGUGACCCUCGAGGUGAUGGACAACAUGGAAGCUGAGCAGUGUGCAAACCGUUUUCUCCAGUGUCAUUACCGAUUUCACGGAAUGCCACGGUCCAUCGUCAGCGACCGCGGGAGCAACUGGCUAAGUAGGUUCUGGAAGAGGUUCUGCCGUCUUGCAGGUGUCACGCAGAAAUUGAGCACGGCCUAUCAUCCUCAGACGGACGGAGGGCCAGAGAGAAUGAACCAGGAGAUCGAGGCCUACCUGAGAGCCUACGUGUCGUACGUGCAGGACGACUGGGAGAACUGCUCCCUGCCGCGCAGCUGGCACUCAACAAUCGUGAAUCCGCAGCGACCAAGAUCAGCCCCUUUUCGCUGA